AUGCUAAAAUAUUUUGGCAUUACAGAACUGGUAGGAGACAUUAACACAGGUAAAACUUCUGUAUGUAUAGAAGAGAGUAAAAAAUACUACACAUUAUACAUUACAACUACCAACUUUCCUAUUAAACGCCUUUCUUCUCCCGAUGAUACAAUUUAUAUAAAAUUGGUUCAAUCUUUAGAUGAAAUACCAAUAAUAUUAACACAGUGCAAGCUGAUUUCUAUAGAAUUAUUAAUAAUAGAUAACUUUAGCAGUUUACUAGAUGAAGCUAAUCAUAGUAAAAUAAUAAAAAUUAUUUAUUAUUUAAAAAAACUUAUAAAUAAAAACAAAAUGAAGGUUCUAAUAGUAAAUAACUGUAAUAAUUUAUUCUUAAAAAGUAAAAUUUAUUACAUUUAUAAACUUGGACUAGAAUGGGAGUAUCAUGUAAAUACAAGAUAUUAUUUGUCUAAAGAUAAAAAAAAUAUAAAUAUUGAAAUAAAAAAAUGUCCUAUAGAUUUAGAAUUUAAAUACAGAUUAGAAAUUUAUAUAUCUUGGAUAACUUAUACAAAACUAGAAGGAUAA